GGCCUGUGUGCUUUCGCCAAAACUAGCGUAUGGGGCGCCGGCGUCUGAUGGUGCUGGCUUUCCGCUGAGCCGGAACUUUCGCGCACCGUACCGUACGACCUCGAAGGCGGCACAUCCGUCAGCCCCCCGCAGCGGCCCCAGAAAACCUGUUGCUUGUCUUCUGCCGUCGCUGAGGCGCGUGUCUUCUUCGCUGGACGACAAAGGCCCCCCUGCCCCGUCCGCUAGUCGUCGCGCUCUCCUAUUUCUCCUGCUGGCACAAUGACGGGGGCACGACUGCCAGUGGUCAGGAUUCCGCCCGUCGCCCCAGGACAGGGAGGGGGAGAAGAGAUGCUCGAACAGGAUCAUGUCCUGGUCGAGCUUCCCUCGUCAAGCAAAUUUGGUAUUGCAUGGCCCGCAGAGCAACGUCCUCAAGUACCCCUUCCUCUGGGAGCUGAACGGCCCGUCGCCCUCAGCUCGUCAGAUGGCGAAACUGACGUCUCAGAGGAGGAGACCAGUCCCCUUCCAAAGAGGAACCCUAGACCAGAGGACUUUGGUGGGGACUUCGACUUCGUUACGCCUACCAACCAUCUCGAAUCAGAGCAAAAUCCUAUGGAUCAGGCAGGUCGCCUUACCGUACCUCGUCGUCUCUCGCGAGCCUUCUCGAUGCCCUUGCCUUCUCAGCUCAGCUCAUUACGGAAUCCCAAACGAACCCCCAGCUCUAAUGGCAGUCCAUCCCCAGUCGCCAACGACCAAGCGCCAGAACUAGAUCACUUUCGUGAGCUCUCGCUUGAGCUCGCAGAUUCCGUCCAGAUGGUCAUACAGACCUUGCUGCAGCUAUCUCCGCCUCAGGUCCUCGACCCCGUGAAGGAGCAGUUCUCGGCAUGCUCGCUUUCCAUUCCCACUCCAUCCAUAUCCGCAAUGUUCACGACUAUGAAGAAUCUCAACUAUAUGUCUGCGAAUAUGGCACAGCUUGGUUCCGACCCUCAGCCGAACGAGGUUCCUCCCUCGAAGACUUCUGCCUUAUCAAUGGUACAGGAUGAUUUCGACGUGGGCGAGCUGCUCCAAAGCGUCGGGGAUGCGCUGAGCGGAGUCGGGGCUCAAGCGGGUGUCGACCUCGUGUUAUUUCAUAGCGACGUCGCAAUGAAGCAUGUUGCGGUCAAAGGCGACGAGAACGGUAUCUCAUACACGUUGGCACAUGUCAUUCGACAGGUGAUAGAUACUGCGCAGAAGGGCGACACCAUCGAGGUUGGACUACAUAUUGACUAUGUGGAUACAGCCGUUGCGCAAUCUAAUGCAGAGGGUUCGCCAAUAUCACGCGUCGCGUCUCCCACUGCAGACUUCGAUGGUCUCCUCCGCUGCAACUUCCGAAUCGCGCAUCGACUAUCGACGUCCGACAUCCUAAAAUCGUCAGAAGCCGAAUCUCAAGAGUUACAAUCAUCACAUUCCUCUAGGCCCUCUCCCCUCCUCAACACGCUCUUCCUCCGACGCCUUCUCAGACAUGUUGGCGCGACGUUGACUGUCGAUUCUCAGCCGGUGGCGCCCUCCGCCAAUCGGAUGUGCGAGGUCACGGUCCAUCUCGAACCUGGUGAGCCCACGGCAGUAAACCCCUCAGUGACUGUCACUCUCGAGGACGCCGCAGUCUUGGGGUACCCAGACAUGCAUAUAGCCAACGAGCCAACAUUGGAGCAACUCACGAGCUUUGCGGAGACUCUGCGAGGCAAAAGCGUCACACUGUACGCGAGUUCGAGCGGCUCAUUUGCCCACCACCUGUCUAGCUAUCUCACAGCUUGGGGUAUGGACGUCAGUCACAUGUCAACUGAACGUGGUGUAGAUGGCGAGUACGAGAUCGUCGCUGACGUCGCUGAUACCGCCGCCCCUGCCGUCUCGGUCAUCGACCUUCCCCCUUCAGCUGACACACCGACUGGUGCGCCUUCUGGAACUGGACGCAAGUCUGGUUCCGAUUCCGUCUUCGUGCUGAUUGACGAUGAUGUCGCGGUGCUGCGUAAUCGUUUGCAGAAGAUCAAGGUCGAGCAGGCAUACCCCCUGAGCAUGAACAGCCGUAGCAAGCGUCCGUCGUUGGCGACUAAUCAUCGUCCAAGGUCCUCACCGCAGGUCGCCCGUGUCAUGGGCAUGCUCGGCAACUCUCCGCCACAGCCUCAGGUCGUUAUUGUGCACUUCACGAGCUUGGCGAAUUUCAAGCUCGUAAAAGAUGUGAUCCAGACAACUCUCAUGCCGACGAAGGAGUCUGGCGCUUCCCGCAUCCCAGAAGUUAUCGUCAUUCCUAAACCCGCUGGACCCCGACGCUUUUUAACCGCAUUGCACACUGCGGUAACACGUCCAGUUGUCGAUCCCUAUUUCGUCCCCACCGCUACUUCUCCUAUGAGCCCAGGUCUUCACUCCAUCUCCCCGUUUUUUUUCUCUAGUGCUCCGAAGUCACCCAGUGGACGAUCCACGGCGAGUGCACGUACGACCUCUGAUAGGUCGAACAGGUCACCGAAGGAGUUGGGCGGAGAGUGGACUUUAGGACACGCACCACCGUCCCCCUUGAGUCAGCCGGAUAACGUCGAGUACUUCUCGGACGCCGUUGUGAAGCUUGGUCAUUCCUCAGCAAGUGGCUUGCUCAUCCAGAGCCCCGAUGGACAGCCGACAGGUAUUUUUUUCCAACCCAAGUCCAGGAACACGGCCUCGCCGCCAAGUCCCACCAUGGAACGCGAGAAGGAACAGCAAGGUCGACAGAUCCACCCUCCCACGCGGCAUCGUGCUUACAGCCGGGUACCUUCAGGAGGCAACAAAACCGAUGGAGGGGGUGAGGGCUUGCCGAGCGGUUCAGAUCCUACGGUACGACCGAGUUCGCGUCCUCCGCCUGCCUCGUUGGAGAUUCCAGAUACGUAUACGACGACAACGGGGAAGGGUAAGGUUAGACAAGCGUCAGAGACCGUCAGCGAGGAUAGCGCUGCCUCUAGUGGGGACCAAGCAGCUGUACCCCCAGCACCAGAGACCUCUACGCCGCAGGGCAGCCGGCAAUACCUGACGCGACGACAGAGUCACCAGCUGACCAGUCCCCCGACUUCGCCUCAGACGCGAGCUGCUCCAGGGCCCUCGUCUCGACGGUUGACGCGACGGCCUACCCCUGAUUCACACGUGUCGUCACCGACGGGUGCGGCGAAGAAGGCUGUGAAGGGGCCUGCGGACGGUAACAUUGUUCCACCUAUCAGUGUACUCAUUGUCGACGAUAACCCCAUCAAUCAAACCAUCUUGACAACGUUCAUGAAGAAGAAGAAAAUUAAGCACGACGUCGCGAAGAAUGGAGAGGAAGCCGUUCAGAAGUGGCGAUCCGGUAUAUUCCACUUGAUCUUGAUGGACAUCCAGAUGCCCGUGAUGGACGGAAUCCAAGCCACGAAGGAGAUCAGGCGUUUGGAAAAGCAAAAUGGACAGCCGUUUCCCUCAACACCUCAGUCUGAAGGCCAGCAGACACCCUCGGAGACCUCCACGACGGAUUCACGGAACAUGUCGACGCCUCCGUACCGGUCUUCUGUGAUCAUCGUCGCGCUUACGGCAUCUUCCCUGCAAGCUGACCGAGUUGCCGCGCUGGCGGCUGGCUGCAACGACUUCCUGACGAAGCCUGUGUCGCUCCAAUGGCUCAAUAGUAAGAUCAUUGAAUGGGGUUCGAUCAAGGCGCUGCAAAUGUGGGCGGACAUCCGGCCGGAGGUGGUGCGGAGUCUCACGACAGGUCAGACAGCACAGGCGGCGCAGGUCGCACGUCGACUGCAUGUUCCGGAAGGCAGAUCGUCGACUCCUUCUACAGGAGAGCGGUCACGCGGAACUUCGAUGGCUGCUCGGCGAGCUCACGCGGAGAACCUGCAGGCAGCAGGUGCUGAGAAAGCCGCUACCCCGAAUACACCGUUGUCAGAUGACUCGCCGGGCCUGUCUUCGUUCGACGCGAACAGAUCCUCGACUGCAGCCAAUCCGAUGAUGCCACCCAUUCCCAGCAUGACUGCCAGUGAAGCAGCACUCUCGCUGGCAUCCGCGUAUCGUCCGCAAGCGUCUGUUGAUGCUGCGCGAUCUGCGUCAGACGGCAAGGUAUCCAGCAACCUUCCCGCCCCUUCCUCUGAAGCCGCAGGCGCUUCAGAACCGCCAUCUGCUAAAGCAGAAGCGCCCCUUUUAGUUGAUCCCUCUACUAUUCCAGAACCACAGACGGAACCUUCGCCACAGCCAGAAGCUGAUGUCGAGGACGACACAGCUGUGCCCGAGGAGUCAGCAGCGCCUCCUCCACAGCCCGAAGCCGAACCCCAAUGACGGUACGGGGCGACCUUUGGGAUGUUGGCUUGGUUUGCCCUCCCACUCCUCUUUCCCUUGGUCCCAAGGGUCGCCGGGUACUUGCGCAGACUUUUCUAAAUGCUCCCUAGGGUUUUAUGGGCGGUUGGUAAUGAUAUUAUCUGCUACUGUCGCUCUAUGCUGCCUCAGUAAGCUCGCGAUUGUCUUUUUCUCUUGGGUUUUUUCAUCCUUGGUUUUCACGUUGGGUCUGAGUGAUGAUGUGCGUUAUACCCUGAUGAUUUUACGACUUCUGUAUCCAUCCCCCAUUCACGGUUUCACCUGCGCCUCUCAUUGCAAUAUUGUCCUUCCACCUCUCAAUAGCACCCCUCAAUAGCAUGUUUCUUGCCACCAUCUACGCUUU